AUGCUCAAGGUGGGGAUCCUUGCGGCCAUGUCGGCGAUGGCGGCGGGAGGAGGAGGAGGAGGAGGAGGAACGAGCAAGAAGUUGAACGAGGCGAAGACUAUCGGGCGAAGGACAAGAAUUAUUUCACCCAUCAACAUGAAGAAAGAAGAGGAUCCUGGAGUGUUCACUAAGUUAAUCGAUGAAAACACGUCGAUUGCAGUUGGAGUCUUUAGCAUCAGCGUCUUAUUGGUCAACAGGCUGUUCACAUCAGACCUCAGCAACGCACAAUCGCGGGUGGAUCUCCUCGGCAUUGCUGUAGCGUCAGCUCUUCUCGUCUCCGCACUCUCCACGCUUGACCUUGAGGUAAGGGAGAAAGAGACGCUCCCGAAGCUGCUCGACAAGAGAAGAGAGUCGCUGUUGCUGUGGAGUCUGCAGACCAUCCUCCAGGUCGUCAGCCUGUCGCCUUGGCCCCCCCUCAUGCUCCGGCAGGAAGGGGCGAUAGUCAGGUCUGCUAAGCAGCAGGGGAAGCAGCAGUACCUUGCGGAUCUGCAGAUUCUUCCGGGUCGAUUCGAGUUCGACUACCUUCCAAUCAACACCCAGGCUCUGCUUAUUCAGCCAGUGGGAGAAGCUGUCAUGGUGGUGGCAGCAAACAAGGUCCGUCCAUUUACAGCGAGGGACCUGCUUAUGCUGGAGUUGCUCGCUCCGAUCCUCGGGUACGCGCUUGAGUCAUGA